GCAGCCGCUGGAGACCGCCAGGAACCAUCUAACUUUAUUAAUACUAUCAAAUGAUUAUAUCUCAAAAUAAUUAUACAUAAGUAAAAACAACUGAGAAGUCAAAGUCAUCUCCUUAUCACAAAAGCCUUCACCAGAUUACAUCAAACAGAACAAACAAACUCACCAACAUUCACAGUGAGCAAUAGAUAUGGAUCUAGACAGCGUUUCCCCAUUCUCUUCUCUGCAAACUCUCGCUAAACUGCUUGCUGACCCUCAGGAAGAAGACAAUGAUGACAAUGACCUUGGGUCACAUUGUUCUACUGUUAGCGCCGUGGGUCCUGGGAAUAUCGGACCAGCAAAGAAAGCAGAGCCUACAGUCACCCCUGAUGUGAAGUCUGGAAAUAGUAAAGAUAUCUGGAAUACAGAGGAGGUGCCAGAAGGAUCAGAGUUUGAUGAUAUCUGGGAUCCAAGGGAACAGCCAGAGUAUGAGAUUUUAUUCAAGCAGCAGGUGGGAGCGGAGGACAUCUUCCUGGGAAUGAGCAGAAAGGACCCUUCCACAGCCUGUUGCGAGGACAUGCUGAUUAAAAUCAAACUGCCAGAUACAAAGUCCUUGGACAUUACACUUGACAUCCAGGACAAGAUUCUUGACCUUCGAACCCCAAAAAAGAAGCUGCUACUGCAUCUCCCCCAUCCUGUGGACAGCAAGAAUGGCAAAGCUUGUUUCAUCUCAGAAAAGGAGACCCUGGAAGUCACCUUGAGGAUGAAAAGAGAGUUUGACUUCAUCAACUUUGCCUAAGGGAAAAUGGGGAAGAUUUUCAAACAGUGACCUAUAUGGCUACCUGUUUGAUAGCCAAACAUUGCCCUAUUCCCCUUGGGAAUGGUUCAGGAAGGAUAGAUCCUUCCACUGCAGCUCCUGGUUGUGCAGUUAGGCAUUGUAAUGACCCACCCCAUUUGUCUAUUGGAGGUGAAUAGGAAUCAGAGGUGUCUCUGAGCAAGUAUAGUAUAGUAUUUCUAUCUCUGUGCAAUUCUAUCUCUGAGCUUGGGAUCCCAGCCUUACCAUAUAAAUUCUCAGAACCUCUGAACUUUCUCUGAACUCAUCUUGGUGUGUGAGUGUGACCCAGAAUACCAGCUGUAAUGGCCAAUGGAACAGGACUGCGAGCCACCUUUUCUGCCUCCUAGAUAAAAUCCUGCCGAGAUCAUGGAUGGAGAUGAUUCCAUCUUUAGAGUUUCAUGGAACUCUAGUGUUUGUUGUAUGGGUUUCCCAGGUUAAGCUUGAUCUUCCCCUGUUAGAUAGCACUCAUCAUUCCAUAUCUCAGAAAGGAGACGCCUGUGAGUAUGUGUUUUGGAAUAGAAGCCAUGAAUCUGAUCCAAAACCCAUUGAAGUCAAUGGAAACACUCCUAAUGACUUCACUGAGCUUUGGAUUAGGCCUUAGAUAGUGGUGCAUCACUUGGUCCAGAGGGCAGGACUUAGACCAGGCAUAUAUAUUUGGUUUGAAUUAUUUGUCACUGGGUUGCUACUGUUAAUGUGAUGCUGUAGUCUACACUCCAUGAAUAAUUAAAAUGUUACUCCUACUCUAACAAAAAUGCUUGCAUUGACACCUUUUUGGGGAGAUCGGGCCCUGAAACAAAAACAUAUAAUGACUGGGGAAAAAUGAGACAAAUUUACUCGGUAAUGGGACAAACUUACUCGGUCAGUUUGGUUUCCAAAUCUUGUAAAGAGCCAUCAUACCGAGGUUCAGAUUUAAUUUACAGAUAGGUUGAUUCAUUAUAACAAUGUGCAUAUUUGUAAAGCAUCAUUACAUUUAAAAAUAGGAAUGUAAGUGUGGAAACAGGGUUAAAGGAUUUAAAUAUAGGCCUCUUAGUUGUAAGAAAUAGAGCAACUGUCUUGCUAAGUCUUAGCCUAAUAUUGCGGGACCUGUAGAAGCAGGGCUCACGUCAGAAGCGGGUGGGAAGACAGCAGAGCAGAGUCAGCGUGACCCAGCCUUGAGAUAGCGAUGUUUUGAGAAUAGAAGUGAGAAAAUAUAGGAAUGGGCAGGACAUAACAUAAACAAACUGCAGAGUUUUUAAUAAAUGCAUGCCACUAAAAUGUAUAAAUGCUUGUGUGAUAUUGCUUGUACUUUGAAGAAACUGAAGCAGAGAUGCUCCGGUCAGCUGUAUUCUUCCCUUGCAAUUGCUCGAAUAAAGCUGUCUCUGAUUUUGUUGCUUCCAACCUGA